UCUUCCCAGAUUCCCCCAGAUCUUCACUGACUGUGACUCCAGACAGUCCUGUAUUCACUGGAGAGACAGUCAAUCUGAAGUGUGUGAUUGAGUCUCACAGUAACUGGAGAUAUGAGUGGUAUAAAGACACAGACAGUGUAAUGUUACAGACGUCUGAUGGUUACACUGUAAACAGAGACACUCUCACUAUCAGAGGAGUAAUUACAUCUGAUCAGGGUCAGUACUGGUGUAGAGGACAGAUAAGAUCAGUCUCAUCUCAAUCAAACUCUGUUUCUCUCUCAGUGAAGGACUCUUCAUCUUCUCUUCUGGUCACUGCUGUGGUUGUGGGAUCCAGUGUUUUCUUGUUGAUCUUCAUCUCUCUGCUGCUGCUGUGGAGAUACAAGAAGAACAAAGAUCAGCAGCGUAACAUUAACCAGACAUCAGUCCCAAAUCAAUCUGCAGAACCUCAACCAGAAAACUUUCCUCUACAGUCUGCAGAUUCUUAUCAGAUUUGUGACGUUGUGACUGAAGUGAAGAAGAGAGACAAAGGUGAUCCAGAGCCAUUGGCAGAUGUCACAUAUUCAGAGAUCACUGUCAAGAAACACAAGAAAAAGAUGAACAAAGGGAAGAGCAGUGAGUCUGGAGACACUUUGUACUCUGAACUGAAGCACAACACAGACAGAGAUGCUGAUGCUGGUGAUGAAACUUGUGCUCAACCUUUGAGGAAGAAGAAUAAAACACACAAGAAUUAUGUCUCUGAGUGCAGUGAAGACAACAGACGGCUAAAAGAGAUUCACAGCAGCAGACACAGUGACGCUUGCAUUGCUUCAGAAAUGAAUCUGAGUGAACUGCUUACACACCUCUUUUCCACUCAUCUCGACUCCAGCUGUCUGUCGUCUGUGUUGAAGACAAGACUUUUGGACGAUGUACUGAGACCAGAGAGCUCCUCACAAUCUCAACAGAAUGAACCGCACUUCAGCUGCCGUGUACAGCUGAAAACAGAACUCAAAUGA